AUGCAUGCCGCUUAUUUACUCUUUCUGGCAGUUUUGGCAAGGUAAUCUUAAUUUCAUAUAUGAAAAACCAGGUAAAAAUUGCAUAUUGUCCAGAUGCCAAAUUCAUAUUGCCAACGACAACUAUUUUCUGGAAAAACAGCGAUUGAGACGAGAUAGUGAGUUAGGGGCAGGUUUCCGAGAGGCUUUUUGUUCGAUUUCUUGUUUAGAAGGACAGAAAGAAGAAGAAAAAGAAGCCGUACUUUGAUUGAUAAAAGCCAUUUUCUAAACAACCCGAACCGAUCUUCAGUCUUUUGAUUACAGCUGGAACCACGACGUGCGCUGAUGGAAUGACCACGGCUACACGAAACAUUUUCGAUCAAACUAUCGCAAACGGAAAAGUAAUAAAACAACAGAUGAUAGUUGGUUCAAAUGAACUACAUUUGUAGAUAUGGGACUGUACUCUCGAAGCGAAAGCGCAAGCGGUCAUCAAAGAGUGUUUGUCGGACAAUGGAGGGGCUACGAACGGAACUCUGAAACUCAGCUUCUCACUGACGGACAAUUCAACCGCUGAAUCGAUCAUUUCAGACUCGCAGACGGCAUUGGGACUCGCUGCCAAAAAUUUGAACAGUGAUUCGGAUGUAAGUAUCGAAUAAUAGAAGUCUCAUGAAAUAUUGUUGUUCAGGUGAAAGAGAUCAUUGGCUGCUCUUAUGCCCAGUGCGAAGAAAGGGUCGACAUUCUGUGUCUAUACAGUAGAUCGGCCACAACUACGCCACUUCCUUGA